AUGCAGAAGCUUCGCACGGCUGUCAUCACACGCUACACUCCGUGGGGGAGUGACGAGGACUGCACUGUCCCGGACGUCGCCGAUGUGUUGAACACUUGGAAGCCCGGUGGUGCAACGGAGAUCGCUGCUGCUUUCACAGCCCUCGAGCAGCGACUGAAAGACAUGGACCAAGCCUGGCAUCCAGUGAAGUGUCAGGCAGUGCCAGCUGUGCCGCACGGUGCAAGCACGGGUGCGCCGGUGGUCCUCAGCUGUCUUGACCUGGGUUUCCAGGAAUCAGACUCUGUGCGCGGAAAGUCCAAGAUGGUCAACGUUUUGGAGGUCGCGUUUUCCUAUAUGGACACCCGCCGCUUCGACUCCAUGCGCUUGCCACUCAGCGUCUUCUUUGCAGAUCCUCCGGGGACGAAGCUGACCCCCUUCUGCACCAAACACAUCGUCGGCUUCGGGCGCUCGCUUGCAGCAAAGAUGCUGGUCAUGGAAGCCUGUAUCCUGGAGCCGACCCUGACAGAUGAGGAAAUGGGAGAGCUCGGCUCCCUGCUUCAGUCUUGCUUUGAGAUUCAUGCUGUUGUCAUGGGGCCUGCCGGCGGCAAAGAUAUUGGCUAUGCAUCCAUGAGGAACAAGUUCCAAGUGAGCGAAUCCGUGCGGCCCGAUGUCCUGCAGCUGUACCACGUGCUCUCGGGUAUCGUUGCGCAGCCGACCCAGCAGGAGCUCAAGCAGGCGAUUGCAGAGUUCAAUCGUUCAUCCAGCGUGGCCGGCCAGCGAAUCAGCGACCUGGAAAGCAAGGUUGUUACCUUUCUCCCCGAACAAACAAGCGAGUUCGGCCGGAAGCUGGAACAGCAUUGGCAGAACUACAAAGUCGCGGAAUCGGCCGUGCCGAUGAAAUUUUUCACCCUGCUUUUCUCCGGACCAGGCGACAAGGUGGCAGAAGCUCGGUCUGAGCUUUGGGCCAGGAUCUUUUGUGGAAGCGCCUUCAAGAACGAAAUGGCUCUGACCUAUGCCAUCGGCAUCUUUCACAAGAACCUGAAGGACAACAGCCGGCACUUGAAAAAGAAAGUCAACCUCAAAGUGCAAUCUUCCAAGUUCCGAAUUCAGGAUCCAGUCCUUGGCUUGAAGCUCUCCUGUGUCUUCGUCGAGUUCCGCCAGGAAUGGGCCAAGAUGUUGGAUGGCAAGCAGCUUGCCGUGGUGGACAAGAUGUUUUUGAGAGGCGCCCUCGACAGGGAGCUUGGGGACGCCCUGAAGGUUCAGGACGCCGAGCUCAAGGCCAACUCCUUCAGUUUUCUCCAGUCCGUGACCGGCCAGGUCUCGGACACACAGAAGCUCGAGCAAAGCAUCGCGCAGGCAGAGAUGUCAAGUGAAACAGCACAGUUUGGAUUGUUCACGGCACGCUUGCAGAGAGAGCAGCAGCUCUUUCUUGCGCACAAGAAGGCUGUGAACGACUACGAGUCGCUGCAAAAGAACGGCCGGCAAAGCCAUGUCGCCAUGCAGGAGCAGAAGAUGACAAGUCUUGCAGAAGCACGUCUCGAGAGCCGGUAUCCCAUGAAGGUUGUCCAAGAAUGCCACGUCUACCCCUGGUUCGGCACUUGCAUUGCCGGUCUGUCUGACACCUUGGCCUUGAACGCAGACAAUGCCUACCACAUAUUCUUCUGCAACCUGACCCACUUCGGCUCCAACUUCAAUGCCCAUGUGCAUGGGAUGGCGAGGAUCAUCGUCGACGGAAUUGGUUGCACGUCGGCAUUGCACAUUGCAGCGAACAGGAGUGUGGGGCUGGUGCUGGCACCAAAUGUCGGAGUGCCAGGCACCGGCCAGUACGAGGAUAAUGCAAUUCAGAAGGCCCAGGACCAGGUGGACGAGCUUCUGCGAGACUCAAGCAACCAGGUGCGAGUCAGGCGAUGUGCCAUCGCUUUUGCUGGGCCGCUUGGCAAGAGAUCGCUGUCGCACGUUCUCUGGAUGGUGAUCUCUGAAGUUACAAAGAGUGCCGAGACAGAUGAACCGAUCAGCUGUUUCGCCUCGAGUGCUCUGUGGAAUGGCCGACUUAUAAACAACGUUACGACCAAGGCCGUCGCAGACUUCGUGAUUCCCAGUAUGGCAUCCAUGAAAGUGGGCGGAAUCACGUCUUUCUCGAAGGCGCAGCAGUUCAAGCAGCAUAUUGCCGGGCCAGCACUGAUGAGCGGCAUCAUGGACCAGCUCUGGAAAGGAGUCCCGCUGGGAGCGUCGGCAGUUGCCGGGUGGUUGGACUUGUGCCCUUACGACGGCGGUCUCCUGGCAGCCAUGUCUGCGUGUGAGCACAUUGCCAAUGUUUCUCAGUUCUUGUGCUCGGCCUAUUGCUUUGAGAAUAGCCCGCUGACCCUGUCUGAGAUGGCAUUGUGGCAGCAGGACUUCGGCCUGAGGUUUCUGACGGCUGCGGUGCGUGCCAGAGAGUGGCGUGAGUAUGCACCGGACGGAUCGCCGCCUGUCUUCAACAGCCAGGACCUGGUGCUCACGAAAAUGGUGCCCUCGGACGGCGUGCUUUCUUUGCCACUCCGACAGGACGUUCUUUCAGAGAAAGAGCGGUGCUCCACACGGCUUGCGGACGAGUUCACGAAAAUCAUCAAUGAGCACAACAAGACCUACAAUGUUUCCGGCGUUCCUUGGCGAGGAGACCAUGCUCCUCCCGCCAGGUCCUCGGCAGAUGAGACUCAGGCGGAGCCGUUUCCAGAGGAGCACGCUGUGACUGAGGAGUCCUUGAAAACGAAGGGCUCCCCUUUGGUGACUGUUCAAUCCAGAGUCAGCUCAGUGCAGCUCCUCCUGAAGACAGUCGACGGGACCAAGCAGGUGUACUUGAAGAGCCUCUCCGACGGCACCGUCAGCAAGGAGGAGCCCAUCUUCCAUGUCUAUGGCGACUACGUGACAGGAAAAGAACUCGCAGAGCUGGAGAAAAGCAAGAAAGUCCUGUGGCCCUGGAAGAUGGAGAGCAUGGACUACUGCCUCAGCAUUGCCUCCCCCUUCGAGGAUGGGUUCAAGUGCAAUCUCACCACACUGCAGAAGUUCUUCGACUUCCUGGUCACGAAGAACAAGGGCGUGCCGAAGAUUGUGUGCCACGAGGUGAAGGACGGGGUUAUUAAGUCGACAGAAGCCUGUGCGUACCAGCCGAAGCCCUUGCCAGCGAAGACAGUCGAGAGCAAGGAGAACAUCGGAAGCUUGCUUCCGUUUGCCGACACAGACUGGAGCACUGGCAGUCACAAGUUUGGCUUCUUGGAGCUGAAAUGCCAUUUGAAGUACGAGGACUCGCCACAGAGGUCCGGUCUUUUUCCAGCCAAACCGGCUUACCAUCUGAAGAAGACCUAUCGCUUCUCGAAAGAGAAAGUCUAUCGCAUCGCCUGA